AUGCGGGUUUUGGGGAAGUAUCAGAGUUCUGAAAUCGGGAAGAGGCCAUUUUUGAGUUGCGAUCAAAACUUGCACACGUCGGUGUCUCUUGCGAAGAACAAACUCGAGCCCGGUCGUCGGCCCCUUCGACACACCUUUCCGACAAUGAGCCAACCAGAAGUAGCUGGGAAGGAAAGCAAGACUAAACAUGGUCACAAAGGAGGGGGAGAAACUGCAGAGCCUCCAAGGAAAGAACUUCAAGUUCUUCCUGCCUACAUUCAGCCAGCAGCUCAACUAGGUGCUUCUUCCAAUGCCAUGUUUUCUUUCGCCCCUCAGGAUCGGAUCAAUCUGUGGAAUAAGUACAAGGAAAGAUACAUUGCAGAUUUGGCUUCUAAAGCAAGGGAAAAGAUUGAGGUGAACCUGCCUGAUGGAAAGGUCGUCGAAGGCGUUUCUUGGGACACCACGCCGUAUAAAAUCGCAGCAGGCAUCAGUCAAGGCCUCGCCGACAACGCAGUGAUAGCCAAGGUGAACGGCGUCCUGUGGGAUCUCGAUCGCCCCCUGGAAGGCAAUUGCAGCUUGGAAAUCCUCAAGUUUGAUAACGAGGAGGGUCAGCAAGUCUUCUGGCACUCAUCGGCGCACGUGCUCGGAGAGGCAAUGGAAAGGGUUUACGGAGGCUGGCUCUGCUACGGUCCCCCGAUUGAAAAUGGCUUCUAUUAUGACAUGUUUAUUAAAGAGGAACAAGUUAGUCCUGAUCCUGAGAUCCUGAUCCAAGGUGAGAUUUCUCGUCAGUGUUUAGCAGAAAAUGCAUUAAAUGCAGGGAAAAAAUGCAAAAAGGGGCAAAACAAUGAAAAAAUUAUGUGCAUAACAGCAGGGGUACACUACCUUUUUACUUUUAGGUGUGGACCUCUGAUUGACUUGUGCCUAGGACCCCAUGUUCGCCACACUGGCAAGAUCAAGGCAUUCAAGGUCGUCAAGAACUCCUCUUCUUACUGGGAGGGGAAAAGCGACAGAGAGAGCCUGCAGCGUGUCUAUGGGAUCUCUUUCCCUGACACCAAGCAGCUGAAGGAAUGGGAACGGUUCCAGGAAGAAGCAGCCAAGCGGGACCACCGGCGCAUCGGUCGAGACCAGGAGCUCUUCUUCUUCCAUGAACUCAGUCCAGGCUCGUGCUUCUUCAACCCCCGGGGCGCGCACAUCUACAACACCCUGAUCGACCUGAUCAAGUCGGAGUAUCGCCGGCGGGGAUUCCAGGAGGUCAUGUCGCCCAACAUCUACAACUCCAAGCUCUGGGAGAUCUCGGGGCAUUGGCAGCACUAUGCCGAGAACAUGUUCCUGUUCGAGUCCGAGAAGGAGCAGUUCGCGCUGAAGCCAAUGAAUUGUCCAGGGCACUGCCUCAUGUUUGACCAUCGACCCAGAUCCUGGAGGGAGCUCCCUCUACGCCUGGCCGACUUCGGUGUCCUUCACCGCAACGAGCUCUCGGGUGCCCUCUCGGGGCUCACGAGGGUGCGACGAUUCCAACAGGACGAUGCUCACAUAUUCUGUGCUGUUGAACAAAUCAAGGAUGAGAUUUCAUCAGGCCUAGAAUUCCUUGAUGCCAUCUAUACCAUAUUUGGCUUCACCUUUGAACUGAAGCUGUCCACCAGGCCUCAAAAAUUCUUGGGUGAUAUCAAGGAUUGGGAUGAGGCAGAGAAGGAGCUGGCAGAAGGUCUGAAUAAGUUUGGGAAGGCAUGGAAGUUGAACCCAGAAGAUGGAGCGUUUUAUGGGCCUAAGAUAGAUAUCACUAUCAUGGAUGCCCUGAGGAGAGAGCAUCAGUGUGCUACCCUUCAGCUUGACUUUCAGCUUCCUCGCCGCUUCAACCUCUCAUAUGUGAGUGAGAGCGGGGAGAAGAAGCGGCCAGUGAUCAUCCACCGUGCAAUCCUCGGGUCGGUGGAGAGACUCGUUGCCGUCCUCACGGAGAACUAUGGUGGGAAGUGGCCUUUCUGGCUCUCUCCACGCCAGAGCAUCGUCAUCCCAGUAGCCCCUCCCUUUGAUGAAUAUGCACUUCAGGUGAAGAAGGAGAUUUGGGAUGCAGGAUUCCAGUGUGAAGUGGACAUCGACCCCGGCGACACACUGAACAAGAAGAUCCGCAAUGCGCAGCUGAGUCAAUGCAAUUUCAUAUUGGUGGUCGGGGAGAAGGAGAAAUCGAGCGGGACGGUGAACGUGCGCACGAGGGACAACAAGGUCCACGGGGAGAGAUCGAUCGCCGACGUCGUCGCUCGGUUCCGGCAUCUGCAGCAGACGAAGAUCCAGAACAGCGAGGAAGAGUUCUGAGCGAAAACGUGCAGUUUGUCUUCUGGCGAGAGAAGAAAUCGUGGAAAGUUUUGAUUCUGGCCUUUAUUUAUGCGCUGAAAUAAAAGGAAAGGAAGUGAUUUGGAUCAGCUGAUUUCAUGG